GGGGGCGGGGCGGUCCACUGCGCAUGCGCAGACGUGUCCUCGGUUCUUCCUCUAGUUAAGUUCAGUAUGGUGGACGCAGCGCGCCUGUCUCUUGUAGGUUAGAUAAAGUGACUUCGAAAGCUACACACAAGUUCAUAAGGUUGACCAAACUUUCAUGGAAGAUACUGGCCUGCGAUUCUCAGACGACACCGUUACUGGAAUGCUGGACACUGAGUCCCCUGUCAUGGAGAGCAAUGGGGAUGCCUUUCUUCCUGACCUUCCGGUUCUAGGACAAACAGCUGACUGGUCCCCGGACCAGGUUGCUCCAGAACCGCUCACCAACAUCUUGCCCGAGGACUCCGAUUCAUCCCAGGAUGCUCCGGAGCAAGAACAGUCACCGGACGAGCAGAUGAAUUCCACAGAGCUGGGAUCUGUGGAGAAGGCUGUGGAGCAGUUUCAGAUUGCCAGUGCUCAGCUCUUCCAAGAAGAGCAGUCACCACCUCCACCACCACCACCACCACAGCCCGCAGAACAGCCAGAACAGCCAUCAGAACACAAAGCAGAGUCUGGAGAGUCUGAGCAAGACAGCCAGGAGAUGACCGUAGAGCCAGAAGCUGCUGUGCAGGAUGGCACUCAAGAUGGGACUGAGGCACCACAGGUGACAGAGGAUGGCAUGGAGCUGGAAGAAGCAGCCAAAGAGACGACACCAGAACCGACUGUUCCUGCAGAGCCAGAGCCAGAGCCGCCCAGUGAGUUUGAAAAACUCUUCAAAGGUUGCGAGGACAACCCAGAAGAUUUCAAUGGUUGGGUCUACCUGCUGCAGUAUGUGGAACAAGAGAAUGACCUUGAAGCUGUGAGAAAGUCAUUUGAUAUAUUCUUCCUACGUUAUCCUUACUGCUAUGGCUACUGGAAGAAGUAUGCUGAUAUUGAGAAAAAGCAUGAGAAUAUACAGAUUGCAGAAGAGGUAUACAGAAGAGGCUUGCAGGCCAUCCCUCUCAGUGUGGACCUGUGGCUGCAUUACCUGACCUACAUCAAGGAGAACUCUGACCUGGAAGAUCCAGAAACCGAGGGACGCAUUCGAGCUGCCUAUGAACAUGCAGUGCGUGCAGCAGGCACAGACUUUCGCUCAGAUCGCCUGUGGGAGUCCUACAUCAACUGGGAGACAGAGCAGAACAAACUGGCUAACGUCACCGCCAUCUACGACCUCGUCUUGAGCAUCCCAACCCAGCUGUAUUCCCAGCACUUCCAGAGGUUCAAAGAGCAUGUGCAGAACAACAACCCCAAACACUUCUUGUCAGAAGAGGAGUUUGUUCAGAUGAGGCUCGAGCUCUCUAAAGCCAGCCUAUCGGCGAUGAUCCGCGAGGAUGAGGAGACACCCGUUGCUCAGGAGGAGUUACCACCUGGUACGGAGGAUCUGGCGGACCCUGCUAAGAGAGUGACAGAGAUCGAGAACAUGCGCCACAAGGUGACCGAGGUUCGGCAGGAAGUGUUCAACCACAACGAACAUGAAGUCAGCAAGCGCUGGGCCUUCGAGGAAGGGAUUAAGAGGCCAUACUUCCAUGUCAAAGCCUUAGAGAAGACGCAGCUGAACAACUGGAAGGAGUACCUGGACUUUGAAAUUGAAAACGGGUCUUGGGAGCGCGUGGUCGUUCUUUUCGAGCGAUGCCUCAUCGCUUGUUCACUCUACGAGGAGUUCUGGACCAAGUAUGCAAAAUAUCUAGAGGGCUACAGCAGUGAUAGUGUGAGACAUGUCUACAAGAAGGCGUGCGACAUCCAUAUGCCCAAGAAACCAGCAAUCCACCUGCUGUGGGCUGCCUUUGAGGAGCAGCAGGGUAAUGUAGAGGAGGCUCGUGGCAUCCUGAAGUCCCUGGAGGCAGCGGUCCCGGGUCUGGCCAUGGUGCGCCUUCGGAGGGUCAGUCUCGAGCGUCGUCACGGUAACUUGGAGGAGGCGGAGGCCCUGUUGACGGAGGCCAUGGAGUCUGCGAAGAAUGCUACGGAGACAUCGUUUUAUGCUGUGAAGCUGGCCAGGCAGAUGAUGAAGGUGCAGAGAAGUCUGAGCAAGGCCAGGAAGGUGCUGCUGGAUGCCAUUGAAAAGGACCAGACGAGUCCGAAACUCUAUCUAAACCUGCUUGAGCUGGAAUAUAGUGGGGAUGUGACGCAGAAUGAGGCCGAGAUCUUGGCUUGUUUCGACCGAGCCCUGAAGAGCCAGAUGCCCCUCGAAUCCCGCCUCCUCUUCUGUCAGCGCAAGGUCGAGUUCCUCGAGGACUUUGGCAGUGACAUCAAUGUGCUUGUGGCUGCAUAUGAGGAACACCAGAAACUACAAAAAGAAAGCGAACCCACAAAGAGGAAAGCCGAGAACGGGUAUGACAGCUCUACGGAGCCCGACCCCAAGAGACAGCGCGUGGACGAAGAUUCCGCAGAUGUAGCAAAUGCAGGAACAGACGCGCAGGCAAACAACUCUGCGUACAACAACUGGUACCAGCAGCAAUACGGCGGUUGGGGACAAAACUCCUGGGGACAGUACAACCAAUAUGCCCAGUAUAACCAGUACUACCCCCCUCCUCCAACAUGAUGGACAAAAUCCUGACAUAAAGAUGGAGACUCAGAGUCUACAUGCCUACAUCUCUGAACAGGGCUACUUAACAUGGUGUCAUGGGGAUCAUUUCAAUCUGACCUCAGAAGCUGAUUUGUUCCUUCUUUCUGCUUUAAAGUGUGCUAAUCAGUUUGUAGCCAUUGGUUGGAAAAAAUACACUUGGCCCUCCUUGACAGUCAUGUUGAUCAGCCAUGUUGUUUAAAAAAAUAAUAAUUGCCACAUUCAUCUUCAACACUGGGCUGCUUUUUUUUGGGGUUCAUUAAUGCAUGUUACUUGUGAAGGCAGAUAUAUUUUUUCUCGUGUGAUUAAAGCUUUUUAAUUUUUAGAUGGAUGACUUACUUUGGUCUCUUUCUUUGUGUUUAAGAUUUAAACUUGCAACGGAGGCAUUCAUUGAUGUACCUCUUGAGUCGUGUUUUCUCCCUCCCAAACUGAAAGAUUUUUAAUAUUUCAUGGCUAUGUUUCCAUAGAGAAAAUGAAGAGUUCCACCUUUUUUAUUUUGACCUGAUUUCAUAAUAAAGAUAUUGAUAUCCUGAA